GUUUUUCUGGCAAGGCAGGAAGGCUCCAUCUUUGAAGUCUCCCAUAGUACUAGGUAGGCCGAGGGAUGUAGGAGUCGGGCAUCAGAUACACAAUACUUACCAAUUACCAGUGAUAACCUCAAAAACAACCUCCCCAAACGAGAGCUUUCCAUCUCCCAGUCUAGCUGACCUUCAAGGUUACCCACUAUACAAUCCUUUUUUAGAUAUCGACGAUCGUCCCCAUCGGAUCCACCCUGGUGUCACACUAGCAGCUCCAUCGCGAAUCUCCACUCUCUCCUUUUUUUUCCCAGCAUGUCAAUAGCCUCAAUCCCCGAGCAUUGUCAAAUCCACAAAUAAAUACAGUACGUAGUCAGUCCACUACCCCCUUCCAGAAGCCCCGUAGAGCCCGGUGUCGAACACAAGCCAACCCACAACCUCUGGCGCACACCCCCAGCAAACAACCACACCCACACCAUAUACCAUACCUCAGAAUGCCCAUCCCCAACUACGGCGUCUGGGUCGGCCACCCGCACCGCUUCCACGCGCAAACCGCCUACCAAGACCACACGACCCCGCACAUCAACCUCUUCCUGCGCGACGGCAGCAACCCGGACGACGACCGGGAACCCAACCACAACCGCAACCGCAGCGACGAAGUGCAAGUAGCGAUCAACGUGAAAUCCACGCAGCACGACACACGCCUGGUCUUCUGGUUCAUCCGGGAUUUCGCGCACCACCCGCUGGUCCACGAGCUGGCCGGUUUGGACAAGGGUUUCCACCGCAUCCGCUCGCACCCGGACAACGCCGACGGCGACGACGAGCGCGAGCUCCCCUACCGCCACCAGCAGCACCACCCCACCCUCGUCGGGCUGGACUACCUGCGCACGACGCCGAAGCUCGUGCACCUCGAGGCCGGGCGGCUCCUACCGCACGACAUCCCGGGCAGUGAUAACGAUAUGCUGGACGAGCUGGAGCCCAUCCUCCAGGAUGCGAUCCACCGGCGCGCGACGGCGUAUGUCUUCGGGAGCUCGUUCGGGACGGGCAUCCACGACGUGCAUAUGAACCAGGGCAGUCGGAAGGCGUACGAGGACGCGGUCUUCAAGGAUGGCGGGCUGGUGUUUCGGUUCCCGGACGGGCGCUGGGAGGCGGUGUUCCUCGCGUUUGCGUCGCAGGCGGUGCCGACGGACUAUCGCGGCAGGGCGGUGGUUGGGGGUGAGGGGCGGGACUUGGGGGAGGUUUUGGGGUGA